AUGGGGGUGUCGGAGGAGCAUGUGAGCACCGCCCUCCGCGGGCUCGCGCGAUGCCCGGAGCACCGUCGCCUGGAGAGCGGCGGCGAGGAGGGGUUUAUCGUUCCCGUUUCCCUCGUGAUGAGCUGGACGGGGCCGAAUCAACCCGGCACCGCUGGUAGCGCGGGAGGGGUCGCAGGAGGCGGCGGCGGAGGAAAUCGCAAACCGCGCUCGACCGCGCCCGGCGGGAAAACCCGCGAUGCGGAUAUGAUGGUGCACGUCCUCGCGGAGCUCCCCUUCCACGACGACGGCGUCGCGAUGGACGUCCAAUAUGCGAUCCGGGAGAACAAACGCAACCCCGUCCUCCGGCAGGAAUUCUUCAACGCGUUCCUCCCCAUCUACGGCAUGAACCACGCCAAGGUCAGCGGCCUCUACGAGGACUACUCGGAGGGGAAAUUCGUGCCCAACCUGCGCGAGGCCAUCGACGUGUUCGUGGCCUUUCUCGGAAACUUUUGCGUGCGCCCGGAGCGGCUCGUGAGUCAGGUGGAGUAUUUUGAGGUGAACCACACCGGCCACCACCCCGGGCAGUACACGCAGAUCCAGCUCCUCCCGCCCAACCUCGGGCCCUUCAUCUUCGACAACAUCAAGGCUGAGGUGAUUCAGACGACGGAGACCUUUCGGCGGUAUGGCAUCGUCGCGGGCCCCACCAGCGUCCGCGCGACGGGUUUCAUCGCGCCGAACAGCAAAGACUUCAACUACUUCGCGAGCCGGCAAGACAGCCUCGCGCGGCUCACCCCGGGCAACAAGGAAGACCUCCACCGCCUGCACGACGCCCUCGCGCGGUCGCCCGACUUCAAGGCGAUCACAGCCCACCCGGGGUUGCAGCUCCUCCUCAAGUCCGCCUCCGGGGUGGGGUUGGUUGUCUCGUUCAACCGUUUUUUCCACCGCGUCGCGCCGAUGCUCGGGUUUUUCGAGGAGGUCCUCCGACGGUACACCGCGCGCGCGCCCGCACGGCGGGCGGCCGCGCAAGCCUCCAACCGCAUCCUCGCGCGCGCCCUCGAGAACGAACUUUCGCCGGCGAUCGAACAGGAGUUCCGCCGGAAUGCGGAGCGCUACUGGCGAAACAUCCUCGAUGGCCGCCACCCCGCCGAGGCGGCGUCUUCCACCCCUCGUAAAACCCCCACCACCACUACAGCAACAACGGGCGCGCGAUCCUCCGUUGGCAGCAGCGUGUUGAAGCAGGCGUUGGGAGAGGUCCGUGGGGCGGCGCCCGCGACGACGGCCCCUCCUUCGCCCGCACGGCGGGAAGCGGAAAGGAAAGACGCGGCAGGGGGGAGCGGAAAAGGGCGAUCGGCCCCCCGCCCAUCGUCGGCGAACGCGCGGACGGAGAGCGUGUUGAAGGCGUUGAAGGGAAACUCGCCAGCGGCGCGGUCGGGUCGUGGCGGGAUGGGUGGAAGCCACGGGGGCGGUCGCGACGACAGCAACGAUAAGCGGCGCCCGAGGUAG